AUGACUUUAACUAUUACUCCAAGUAGUCAUGAAGCAGUUAAAGAUAGUCUUAUCAUGUGUAAUAAUGUAAGUAAUAUUGGUGAUGCGGGUGAUAGUGAUAAAAUGUGUAUUAAUAAUGGUCAGGACGAUAAUAGUCUUGAUGUAUACAUUAAUAACUAUAAGGAAGAAAAUAUGAAAUUGGCAUCUGAAAUUUCGAGACUUAAUGAUGAGCUUGACAAAUUGAAACAAUCAGAAUGCAUUAACAACUAUAAGGAAGAAAAUACGAAAUUGACAUCUGAGAUCUCGAGACUUAAUGAUGAACUUGACAAAUUGAAACAAUCAGAAUACAUUAUUAACAACUAUAAGGAAGAAAAUACGAAAUUGGCAUCUGAGAUCUCGAGACUUAAUGAUGAACUUGACAAAUUGAAACAAUCGGAAUACAUUAAUAACUAUAAGGAAGAAUGUACGAAAUUGGCAUCUGAAAUUUCGAAACUUAAUGAUGAACUUGACAAAUUGAGACAAUCAAGCCAACAGAAACAAGAAGACAGUUCUAUGAUUAGUAUGUUGAAAUUAUGUCUUAAUGAUUCAAACAAGCAUCUUAACAAACUUAUUGAAGAGUUGAAAACGGCUGAAAAUGAAGCCCAACACCUUAAAUUGCAAUUAAAUGAUACCAAAGGCCAGAAUAAUAGGCUUGAGACAGAUUGUGCAAAACUAUACCAAGAAAAGGUUCAACUGGAAGCAAGUAAAAAAAUAUCCAUUGAUGAAAAUAUCAAACUUGAAGAUUAUAACAAACAAUUAAAUCAUAAGUUAAUAAAAUUACAAAAUUAUAAAAGUAUGUCAGAUUAUUCUUUCGAUCGUUUAGAAACGAUCAAUAAUGACUUGAUGAAAAGUAAUGUCAAACUAGACUCACAAUGUGCUAUCAACGAAUCUAUAAUUGGAGGACUUGAACAUGUCGUUAACAGUCAAACAUAUGAAAUAAGAGAAUUAAAAGAAAAGAUUGACAACCACCAAUGUACCUCUUAUAUGAAUAAAGGAAAAGAAAAACUGUCAGUACAGGAAGAUUUAUUAAAAAAAAUCUCAUUUUUAGAGAAAGAGCAUUUGGAAAAGGAUGAAAAAAUUGAACAAUUUGUGUCCAGGUCUAACGAUCAAGAAAAGGAAAUAGCCCGCUUGAAAAGUAUGUACAGUAAAAAUGUGGGAAAAUUAGAAUUAGAAUUGGAUAGGGAGAUAAAGAUUAGUGAAGCGUGUGUUAAUAAAGUUUAUAAAUAUAAUGAAAUUAUUCGAACUUUGAUAAAGGAAAAUGAAGAUUUGAAAAAUCUUAGAGAAAAAGAACAAGAUGAAAAAGCAAAACAAGUAAUCAAAUGUAAGAUCUGCUUUGAGGAACCAAUUACUCAUUGUUUCUCACCCUGUUAUCAUUUUGUUGCAUGUGGGAAAUGUGCAUCGAAAGUUGAAACGUGUGUGGUGUGUCGUUCUCAAAUUAUAGAGUACAUCAAGAUUUAUUUUUAA